CAGCCAGGAAUACAGAUGGCACAGAGAAAACACGUGUGUAUCGAGUGUGAGAAAAGCUUCUGUAGUAGCUCGUCGCUCCUUAGACACCGGAGAACCCACACAGGAGAGAGACCCUAUGGGUGUCCUGACUGCGGGAAAGGCUUCAUCUCCAACUCAAGCCUCAUUAGCCAUCGGAGAAUGCACACGGGGGAGAGACCCUAUAAAUGUCCUGACUGUGAGAAAGCCUUUAUUGCGAACAAGUCCCUCAAUAAGCAUCGCAAAAUCCACAGCGGGGAGAGACCCUACCAAUGCCCUGACACUCAUGUAUGCCCCAACUGCGGAAGAAGCUUCAGAGACAGCAGGACCCUCAUUAGACAUCAGAGAAUCCAUACGGGAGAGAAGCCCUAUAAAUGUUUUGAGUGUGGGAAAUGCUUCCGGGCCAGCUCAACUCUCACUAUCCAUCGGAGACUCCACACAGGAGAGAAACCUUACAAAUGCCCCGAGUGUGGGAAAAGCUUCAGAUCCAGCACAGACCGCGACAUCUGGCUGGGCUCCAUGACUUUCUUGGAUCCAUUUCCUGCUUUCCCACAGGGUCUCAUGAACAUGUUCCCCAUCCGUGAGGAUCAGAUGUCCUCCCUGCAGAGAAAGGGGCUGGGUGUGAUGUUAUGGGAUGCUCUCUUGUGGGAAACGCUGAAUGGAGACCUAGCCCGUCCUGAUCUCACCCGUUUCCUUCUGAUGAGCAGAAUCCCCAAACCGGACUCCAUCUGCCACAUGGACCAAGAGGAAGAGCCCUGUGUCCUGGACUCUGAGGAUUCUUCAGAAAAGGAGACCCCGAGAGGCCCUCAGGCAGCAGGUGAUGAGACAGUGACUGAGAACGAGGAGGAGAAUCCUCAGCAGGAAGAUCCUGAGCAAGUGGAACCACAGCAGACAAUAUCAGGAAGAGAUGAAGGUGGUGUUUCCAUGAGUCCUGAGCUGGGAGAAGCCCGGGAGAAUCACCCUUAUAAAUGCCCUGACUGUGGGAAAAGCUUCCGAUGGAGCUGCCGCUUCACUGAACAUCAGAGAAUCCAUACAGGGGAGAAAACCUCUAUCUGUGCUGACUGCGGGGAGAGCUUCAGUCGUUACUCAAACUUCACGAGGCACCGCAGGAUCCAUACUGGAGAGAAACCCUACAGCUGUCCCGAUUGUGGGAAAAACUUCGGUCGCACUUCUGACCUCAUUAUACACCAGAGAUUGCAUACGGGAGAGAGACCCUACAAAUGCCCUCAGUGUGGGAAAAGCUUCAGCCGCAGCUCGUACCUCAUUCCUCACCAGAGGACACACACAGGAGAGAGGCCCUAUAAAUGCUCCAACUGUGGGAAGAGCUUCAACCUGAGCUCAAACCUUAUCAGGCAUCAGAGGAUCCACACGGGAGAAAAACCCUAUAGAUGCCCCGACUGUGGGAAAAGCUUCUAUCUGAGCUUACACCUCAUUAGGCACCAAAGAGUCCAUAUUGAAAGAAAAUCCUAUGACUGCCCUGACUGCGGGAAAAAGUUCAUUCGGAGCUCAGCCCUGAUUACACACCACAGACUCCACACGGGAGAGAGACCCUAUAAAUGCGCCAACUGUGGGAAAAGCUUUGGCAUGAGCUCAGACCUGAUCAGACACCAGAGAUCCCACACGGGCGAGAGACCCUACAGAUGUGGUGAAUGUGGGAAAAGCUUCAGCGUGAGCUCCAAGCUCAUCAGACAUCAGGGGACACAUGUGACAGAGAAACCUUUCCGUUGUCCCGAAUGUGGGGAAGGCUUCGUCACCAGCUCCAAACUCGUUAAACAUCAGAAACACCACCUGGAACAGAAACCCUACAAAUGUGGGGACUGCUGGAAAAGCUAUAGCCACAGUUCUGAACUCCUCAGGCAUCAGCGAGCCCACACUGGAGAGAGACCUUAUAAGUGCCUCGACUGUGGGAAAGGGUUUAGUCGGAGUUCACACCUUAUCAGGCAUCAGAAAAUCCACAGGACAUAGGCACGGGUCCUGGUCCUUCCUCUAGGGCUUUUCAAACAAAUUUAGUUAUAAAUAAUUGGUGGUGUGGAGAUUCAUGUGUGGGAGAGGCACAGGCAAGGGUGAAGGGGAAAUGCGGAGGAAGAAAAAGAAGUUUGGGGGCUGGUGAGUCAGUUGUUUGGGGUUUGUGGGGAGGGAACUGGGAUUUUUUUUUUGUUUGUUUCAAAAUUUCUUAAAUUUCCCAUGCUCAUUCCACACCCUUUUUCUCUGGCCUGGCAGGAUGUGGAACAUCAGGUGAGAUGGGACUUGAAUUAUAUAAUUCACUAGGGCCAGAGACUAGAUUUUCUUGACUAGGGAAACUGAGGAGCUGCACUGACGCCACACCUAAAGGAAGUGCCAGUCUGAUGCUAUAUGGAGAGGAUGUGAGAUGUGAUACCAUUCCUACUGUCACCCGUGUUUCCAGCGCCAGAGUAUGAGAGACAGCAAAUCUGUAAUUGGAGAGCGGGAAAUACCACAGACUGGCAUAUGAUUUACCCGUGGCUCUCACUGCUGCAAGAGCAGGCAGAUCUGUAGUGUAUCCUUACAGCACUAUAGCACAGGCUGGAAAUCUGCAUUGUAACAUCCAGUGGAGCUGGACAAUUCAUGUCCAGGCUCCGGAUUUAACCUGGUACAUAUAUAAAAAUGUGUACACAUGUAUGUAUAUUAUUUCCCAGGUGAAACCUGCAUCAGUGCAAGCUAAUAGCUUCUCAGUGAGUGGCAUCUGUGUCACACAGAGUACAUCCCUAGUUUAAACAUUAGAGUCCCCUUUUGACGCCAGAUGACUUGUCUUGGGGUACCGAGUUUCACCCAAGGUACCUAGAACCCAAUGACAUAGAAUCAGUGAAUGAUAGUGAGAGCACUGAGACUGGAGAACUCGCUUCACCAGCGUGGCGGAAGGCUCCGUGCACCCGCCCACUCCACCCCAGUGGACAGCCCAAGCAAAAGGCUGUCAUUAUUUUGAACUUUUUGAGUGGCCUUUUCCUUCCCUCCUAUCCUCCUCCCAAACCCCACCU